AUGCCCUCAGAGAUGCUGCGGCUACUGCUGCCCUUGCUGUGGGCAGGGUCCCUGGCUCAGAAGGAAGGAUACAAUCUGAAGGUACAGACGCCCGUGACAGUGCAGGAGGGCCUGUGUGUCCAGGUGGCCUGCAACGUGUCCUACGCCAAGGAUGGAUGGGAUGAUUCUACACCAGCUCACGGCUACUGGUACAAGGGAGAGGCAGAUGCAUCUGACAAGGUUUUAGUGGCCACAAACUACCCAUCUCAAAAAGUGCAGAAGGAGACCCAGGGCCGAUUCCACCUCCUCGGGGAUCCCAAGACCAACAGCUGCUCCCUGGACAUCAGAGAUGCCAGGAGGACAGAUGACGGAUUUUACAUUUUUCGGGUGGAGAGAGGAAAUUCUAAAUUUUCUUACAAAGACAACAAGCUCACCGUGCGAGUGACGGCCCUCAAACACACACCCCACAUCUUCAACCCGGGGCCCCUGGAGAGCGGCCGCCCCAGGAACCUGACCUGCUCUGUGUCCUGGGCCUGUGAGCGGAGCACGCCCCCCAUCUUCUCCUGGACGUCAGCUGCCCACAGCUCCCUGGGCCCCAGGACCCGCCUCUCCUCCGUGCUCAUCCUCACCCCACGGCCCCAGGAUCACGGCACCAACCUCACCUGUCAGGUGCAUUUUCCUGCCGUUGGUGUGACCGUGGAGACAACCAUCCAGCUCAACGUCACCUACUCUCCACAGAACUUGACCAUAACUGUCUUCCAAGGAAAUGGCUCAGCACCCACAGUCCCGGAGAACAGCUCGUCUCUUUCGGUCCCGGAGGGCCAGUCCCUGCGCCUGGUCUGUGUGGUCAACAGCAACCCCCCUGCCAGGCUGAGUUGGGCCAGGCGGAACCAGAACCUGAGUGCCUCCAGGCCUGGGGUCCUGGAGCUGCUUCCAGUGCAGGUCGGGGAUGAAGGGGAGCUCACGUGCUGGGCCCACAACUCUCGGGGCUCUCUGCACUCCUCCCUGAGCCUCUCUGUACAGAGAUUAUCAGGACCUGUGACAGAAAUGAUGUUGGUGGCCAUCGUGGAAGCAGCUGUCAAGGGCCUCGUCCUCCUCCCCUGCCUCCUAGUCCUCAUGUGA